GUGUGCUUAGAAACAAAGAAACACUGAACAAAGUCAAGACAGUCAGGACAGGAUGCUGACACAUAUAUAUUGUCAUUUCAUGGGCGGGGAUUAUGACGCACACUACACUGUGGAGACAGCUGCCGGAAAGUGUUAAGACAUUUAUUAAUUCCUCUUUGAGCUGUGCUCACAAGUCUCUUGAACGCUUUUCCCGGCAUCAAGAUGAACACGAGUCAGGUGAACGCUUCACUCAAGUGUGAGAGGGACACUAGAGUAACGUCUGUUCUCUUCCCUUGCCUGUACGCGGCACUCUUUCUGGUGGCUUUUGUGUUGAACAGUCUGGCCGCCUGGAUCUUCUUUCAAAUCCGCAGCAGCUCAACGUUUGUCGUGUACCUGAAGAACGUAGUCGUGGCCGAUCUAUUGAUGACCCUUACUGUGCCUGUGAAGGUGCUGACUGAUGCAGGCUUGGGUUCCUGGCAGCUCCGGGCUUUUCAUUGCCGGUACUCAGCUGUGCUCUUCUAUAUCACUAUGUACAUCAGCAUCCUCCUCCUCGGACUCAUCAGCUUGGACCGCUACCUAAAGAUUGUGCAUCCGUUUGGGAAAUGUGCCCUUCAGAGGGUCAGAGUAGGUCGGAUACUGUGCGCAGUUGUCUGGGUGGUUAUGUUGUCGCUGGCUCUCCCGAACGUCAUCCUGAGUAACCAAAUGCCACAGAUUUCCCCUGGUGCUAAGCUGCGAUGCACCAAGAUGAAGGGGAAGAUGGGACUCAUGUGGCAUGAAGGCUUUAACUACUUCUGCCAGGUUGUUUUUUGGGGUACAUUAGCACUUAUGGUCAUCUGCUACACCUUCAUCAGCAGGAAAGUGUUUGAAUCGUACCGUGCAUCACAAAGCAGAAGAGACACAGCCAGCAAACAGACCACAUCUAAGGUGUUUGUGGUUGUGGGUGUUUUCUUCGUAUGCUUUGCACCCUUCCACCUGGCCCGAGUCCCUUACACCCUCAGUCAGACCCGCAACACUUCUGCCCAGUGCUGGGCCCAAAACCAGCUGUACUUUGCCAAAGAGACCACGCUCUGGUUAUCAUCUACUAACGUGUGCCUGGACCCUCUCAUUUAUGUUUUCCUGUGUCGAGUCUUCCGCAAGAAGUUCACAGCUGUGCUGAAGCGGCGUCCGCUCACACACGCCUCUCUGACAGAGACCUCCACCAAAAUAGAGAUGUCAACCAGAGGCCACUGCAGCACCAACCUGGAUUUAGAUUGUCAUUAACAUCCUUCUCCUCAUACUUUUGUAAUCUUUUUUUUUUUAUAUAAUAAUGAAAUAAUUCAAA